AUGGAGGCCAUCGGCGAGAGCAUCUUCUGCUACAUCCCGCGCCUCGCCGACGCCGUGGAAGACGACGCCGCGUCGUUCCUGAAGCUGGCCACGCUCUCGAGAACCGCCUUCUUCCAGUUCCUCGACCGGGGCACGGGCUGCGGCGACGUCGGCGGCAGCCCCUUCGCGACGUCGCUCUACGCCAUGCACUGCGAGGGCGGCGACGCGGCGGCCGGCGUCACCUUCGGCGCGGCGAAGGGCGCCCUCGGCCGCGCGGUCUUCGACCGCGCGUCGUACGGCUCCGGCUACGUCGACGCGGCGGCGUUCGAUUCCGUGCUCGCGCAGAUCCUGACGACGAUCUUCGAGGACGAGGGGUCGCGCGCGGCGGGCGCGUCCGUCGCCGAGGCCGUCGAGGCACUCGGCGGCUCCCGCGAACGCGCGGAGACGUUCCUCCGCUACGACAGCUCCGGCGACGGGAGGAUCGAUCUGGGGGAGGCCGUGGCCAUGGCGCUGAGUUUGGGCGGGGCGCUGGACGCGUUCCUGGCGGCGGCGGAGCGGCGCAAAAGCCUCGAGCUCUCGGCGGGCGAGGUCGCGGCGGCGUCCGGCGGUUCGACGCUGGGGAUCAGGGACUACAACGUCGCGCUGCGGCUCAUCGGCUUCGGGGACGUGGCGCGCGUCUUCCAGGGCCAGUUCGUCCAGGGCAUCUUCCAGCGGCUGGACGUCGACGGCGACGGCGAGGUCCGGCUGCCGGAGUUUUUGGUCAACGCCGCGCGGCUCAUGCGGCCCGUCUCCUGGGAAAGAUCCAUGCGCGACGCCGCGGGCUUCCCCGGGCUCGGCGCGCUCGUCGUCGACGACGGCGCCGAGGACAUCCGCCACUUCGUGGCGUCGCUGCAGACGGGCGACAUUAUAUUGUCGAAGAUCGACGACGACAUGGGGCGCUACCUCCAGUUCGCGAUGGACGCGCCGUGGUCCCACGUCGCCGUCGUCGUCCGCGGCGCGGCGCCCGCGCCGGGCGCGCCGAACGAGAAGACGGAGGAGCUGCUGGAGACGUUCCCCUUCCGGCGGCGGAGCCACGCGUUCUGCUCGCCGGGCAGCUGCGUCUGCUUCCCCUGGAGCCACGAGGACGCGUCGUCGACGGUCGAGCCGGGCUUCUUCGGGGGCGGCAAGGCGGCGAAGAGCUUCCCGGCGUCGUGCCUGCGAUGCGACGCCGGCGUGCACCUGCUCGAGUCCACCGGCGAGGGCAUCCACGUCUACGACUUCGCGCACCGCUACUUCGAGUCCAAAAUGUCUACCCGCGUCUCGGCGGUGGCCGUGCGGCGUCUCGCGGCGCCGCGGUCGCGCGACGACGCCGCCAGGGCCGCGGACUUUUGCGCCACGGUCCGCGGGUCGCUCUACAGCACGACGCGCGACGAGUUCACGCACGCGAUCGAGUACCACAGCCGCCGGGGUUCCGUCGUCGCCGCGGACGCGGCGGACAUGGAGCACCGGAGCCACUUCUGCUCCAAGGUCGUCGCCGAGUUCCUCCAGCACAUGGGCUGGCUCGGCGCGGGCCGCGAGCCCGGGAGCGUGAUGCCCUCGGACUACGCGACCUGCGCGGGCCAGCACCGCGGCGUGCUCCGCCGCGACGUCGAGGCCGACCUCGCCGACGGCGUCGCGCUCGGGCCGCUGGAGAUCAUCUGGACGCCGGAGCUCGGCGCGCACCUCCCCUACAGGGCGCGGAAGAAGAAGUAA